UGCUUGCAAAGAAAGAUUGCUACUACAAUACAUUGAUCAUGGAAAACCAUGGUGCACUGUCUGAGACCAAGUAUUCAUAUGACGUUUUCCUUAGCUUUAGAGGCAAAGAUACGCGUCACACGUUUACUUGUCAUCUCUAUGAUGCUUUGUGUCGGAAGGGAAUUAUCACCUUCAUGGACGAUGUGGAACUGAAGAUUGGAGAUCAGCUUGCUCCUGUGCUUCUUAAAGCCAUUGAAGAAUCAAGGAUUUCCAUUGUUGUUUUCUCUGAAAACUAUGCAGCCUCUUCAUGGUGCCUUGAUGAACUUGUGUGUAUCAAGUCGAAAUGUGAGCACGUUUGGCCCAUCUUCUACAAAGUGGAUCCCUCAUAUGUGAGGUAUCAGAAAGGAAGCUAUGGUGAGGCCAUGACUAAGCAUGAAUCAAGGUUUGGGAAAGACUGUGACAAGGUGCACAAAUGGAGAUCAGCCUUGACUGACAUAGCCAACUUGAAAGGAGAACAUUUGCAAUCAGAACAAGGGAAGGACGAGUCUAAGUUUAUUGAUGAUCUUGUUGACAAGAUUUUCAUUAAAGUAUCUCCAAAAGAUUUAUCUAGUAAUGAGCAUAUUGUUGGACGGAAGUAUCGAGUUGAAGAAUUGAAGUCGCUUUUAGAUCUUGAGUCUCGUAACGUCACUUGCUUGUUAGGGAUUCAUGGGGUAGGUGGAAUUGGAAAAACCACACUUGCCAAAGCUUUGUAUGACUCCAUUUACAAGCAUUUUGAGAGUUCGAGUUUUCUUUCCAAUGUUAGAGAAACCUCAAAGCAAAAGGGCUUCAAACAUAUGCAAGAACGACUCCUAUCAGAGAUACUUGAAGUAAAAAAAAUCAAGUUGAAAAGUAUUGAAGAAGGAACUAGAGCAAUAAAAAUUAGACUUGGUUUAAAAAGAGUUCUUAUAGUUCUCGAUGAUGUUGAUAACGUUGAACAAUUGAAAAAGUUGGCAAAGGAACGUGAUUGGUUUGGUAUUGGGAGUAGGAUCGUCAUAACCACAAGAGAUAAGCAUUUGCUAGAUUUUGGUGGGGUUGAAAAGAGAUACGAAGUGAAAGUGCUAAAUGAACAAGAGUCUUUAGAGCUCAUUUGUCAGAUUGCCUUUAAAAAAAGUUAUCCUGAAUCAAACUAUGAAGAUUUGUCUUACCGUGCAAUGCGUUGUUGCAAAGGCCUUCCAUUGGCCUUAAAAGUACUAGGCUCUCAUAUGAUUGGAAAAGAUCUGGGUGGGUGGAAGGAUGCAUUGGAUAGAUAUGAAAAGAAUCCACAUGAAGAUGUUCAAAAAGUUCUUAGAAUAAGUUAUGAUAGUUUACCUUUCAAUGAAAAAAAUAUUUUUCUUGACAUUGCAUGCUUCUUCAAAGGGAAGAGAUUGGAAUAUGUAAAAGAAGUAUUAGAUGCAUGUGACUUCUGCUCUGGGGAUGGCAUUACAACAUUAGUUAAUAAAUCUCUUUUAACUAUUGACUAUCAAUGUCAAUGCUUGGAGAUGCAUGACCUAUUACAAGACAUGGGUAGAGAGAUUGUUAGGGAGGAAGCGUGGAAUGAAGUUGGUGAACGUAGCAGAUUAUGGCAUCAUGAAGAUGUUCUUCAAGUACUAGCUGAUAAUAAUGGAAGUAGACAAAUUCAAGGAAUAAUGCUUGAUCCUCCAAAAAGAGAAGAAAUUAAUUGUAUUAAUACUGUAUUUGAGAAGAUGAAAAAUCUUAGAAUUCUCAUUGUUCAUAACACAAGUUUUUCACAAGAGCCUCGUUUUCUCCCAAAUAACUUAAGGCUACUUGAUUGGAAGUGCUAUCCUUCGCAGUCUUUCCCAUUAAGUUUUUAUCCAAGGAAAAUUGUGACCAUCAAUUUAAGAGGAUGUCCUUUACUCGUAUUGGAAAAGCCAUUUCAGGUAAAAUUUCUUUUCAUUUUCCAUGUUUUAUAGAAAUGUUUUAAUGACUCAAACUUAUCACAUAACUUAUCUUAAUUUUUUACUCUACAAUUUGUAUGCCUAUGUUGAAAAAAAAAAUCUUUUCUUUAUAGUCAACGAUGAGA